AUGGAUGUGACUGAAGAUGACUGCUGGGCAUCUCUACAGAAGGAGCAGACUUGGAUUCCAGGAAUGGGUACAAAUAGGAAUUCAAGCGAAGAAGAUGAAGAUAUUGCAAUGUCGGUCUCGAAAUUUUCCCAGGAUGAAAAGACUCCAUACAGACUGAUCGGAAAAAGCAUGAUGGCGUGGAAAACUGUGUUCCUCGCCAAGUUGUCGCUCGCCACGUUGCCGGAAACCGCAACGCCGACGACAGCAUGUCGGCCGCCCGCCCGCACGUCGUUGACGAUCCCGCUGCCGCUGAGCAGGAUUGCCACUGAGCAACGGCGCUCGUACUCGGCGCAUCCCUUAUACGUCCCGCUGUGGUUUGCGCCGAGGCAGUUGGAGCAGCGGAGCUCUGCCACUUUGGGGUUUAACCUCGGCAAGCACUGCGCUGCGUCGUUGGCUCCCCCACAUUGCCUGCAGCGCGUGCAGUUCCGUGCCCGAAAUCCAGGCAGUUGUGGCCCUGCUCUUCGGAUUUCUGCUCGAGCGCAGAGCAUCUCGGUGCACCUCGAGGGUCUCACACCGUAUCCGGGCACCGUCACCGGCCGGUUUCUCUCCCCUAGAUGGGGUAGAUACGGCGUCACGGGAGACGACUUAGGCGUCGACAUCCUUGAUCUUUCUAGCUAUAAAAAGAAAACACACAUGAAUUUGCACAUACUUACUGCAAAGGCAAAUGCUUUCCCAAGACCAUCAGUUGAUCCAGUGAUCACUGCAACAGAAUUGUCACUAAUUUUCAGUUUAAGAGAAUACGAGUUAAAAUUAAGCAACCUGUACGAUCCAAAGGCGGUAGCGGAAAAAGAAAGCGUAGGAGUAGCUGAAGCUUCCAGAACGUUGAUGGCCGCAAGGACAAUGAUAUCAUUUAACGACUACCCUCAAACUUAG